AUUUCUGGCGGGAGCGACAGCGCGGUGGGUGAAAGGAUAACUACUACAACUAUCGGAGUACACCGAACAGGAUAUCGGUUGUUUUUUUCCGUUCAUUUCAAACUUUGCUUCAGGCACUUGCCAUGGAUACCAGACUUGAAUUUCGGCCCAUCCAGGCAGACAGUGGAGACACAGUGGGUCCGAGGACUAGACGUCAGGGAGUAUUCCGCAACACAGGUCCACCCCCUGAACGCCGCAGCACAAUCAGCAACGUGAUGCCCAGCAGCAACUUUCAGAACACUCGCAUGCGGAACUUGUCUGGUGGCAGCAAUGGCAGCACAGCCAGUGGCAGCAGCUCCGGCAGCUCGUUGAACCUGGAUAAUCAGUAUUCGGACAAUCAUUUCACUUUUGUCAAUGUUGACAGCGCCCCAUUUGGAAACAAUUCUUCUGCUAUCCAACAAAUUCGUAUGGGUGGCACCUCUACGUCUCAUCGCAAACUUGACAGGAGCUUGAGCGAUAGCGACAGCGAUCGCUUGAGCAAUGGUUGUUCUUCAUCCCACAGAUCUGUAAAUUCCAGUAGGUACAAAACUGAACUCUGCAGGCCAUUUGAGGAGAGUGGAUCUUGUAAAUAUGGGGACAAAUGUCAGUUUGCACACGGUUACCAUGAACUUAGAAACCUUGCCCGUCAUCCCAAAUACAAAACUGAACUCUGUCGCACCUUUCACACAAUUGGAUUUUGUCCCUAUGGCCCCAGGUGCCACUUCAUUCAUGAAGACGAUGGAAAGGUCAACAGUGAACCCUCGCCAAAACCGGGACGACCAGCGCCAGGCCGAGCAAGCAGCAACUACACACCAACAUCCAACAGUGGUAGCAGCAGCCCGUCCCUGAGUCCUUCGGGUAGCGACAACGAUUACAGUGCAUUCACAUACCAGCUAGAGAGCACCCCACACAUGCCGGCCAAGAAUGCGGAUGAUAACCAGUUCUGUUCUCUGUCUGUAAACAUCAACACUUAUGGCAGCAACAACAACAUAGAUCUUCAAACUGUGGAGCAAUUUAAUUCAGUUCUUACUUUGAGCAAGAACUCUGCUAAUGACAAUGCAGGUAACAAUGUUUUUGGCGGAGUCUUCACAAGCGGCAGCACCAAGAGAGACCCACGGCCCAUUGGCAGCGAAGAAUAUGAUAUUUUCAGUGAGGUUACCAUGUUCAAUAGUGAGGAAGUUAAAUUGGAUAAUGCUCCGAAGGCCCCCUCAACUUCAGUUUCCCCUUACAGUAUGCAGUCUGUGAAGUUGGAUAAUUUCUCUUACGUGGAUACCAAUUUGUACUGGCAGUCUUGCGAGAAUGCACUCUCCCAGUCGCGCCCUGUUGACCCUUUCCACCAUUCUCCGACUGGCUCCAUGGGCUCUGACGGAAGCGGGAGUGAUUGUAGUGGAAGCACGGAGAGUUUGGCGAGUUCCGGUUGCCGUGACAAUCUCGGCCCCUUUUGCCGUGACAACGUUGCAUCCUUCUCUCCCUUUUCCCAGUGGAUCUCGGGUUUCUAAUGGCAGCAGCUUAUGAUUGCAGGCAUGGGCAGCAUGAGCUAUGAAUGGCGGACUAACUUACUGGAGAUUUGGUUCAGCUGAAUGCAGCACAUAAUGAGAAAGAGAUGACUGACUGACUGAGAGAAGGGAAUGGCUUUUGCAUACUGAUAUCGAGUUUAUGUACAUUACAUGUUUGCUACUGGGACGCACAUUUGAUUUGGACAAUUAUGUACAGUGUAUGAAUGGGUGUGAGAAGUGUAUGUGUUCAUUAGAAAGUGUAUAUAUUCUACUUGAGAGUUAAAAGCAUUAUAACUCGAUGUGAUGUCUGAAGGUAUUAUUUGAAUAUGUGCAGAUUUUAAGAAAAACAAAGAGUGACAAUGAAAGAGGCUGACUUCUGCCCACACUACUCCCGUUCAAAGUUGUACAUUGGAAGUGUAUGUCUGACAUUUGCAAUAGUGAUGUAAUGUCCUUGAAUAAAUGGUCAUAGCUGUUGUAUGUAAGGGUAACAAGCAUGACAUUGACAUAUGUUGUGUAUGUGUCACAUAGCUUGUUUUUUUUUUAUAAAUCAAUGGCAUUUAUGUUAAUGACUCCACUGUCGUGUUCAUACUUAAUUUCCAAUUUCUUAUUAAAGGAAACGUGUGUGUGUAAACAAAGCAAGCACUAUAGUGGUUAAGAAUUGCCCAAAUAUUAUGUAUUUAUUUCUAAGAUCAGGGACAGAAGUCUUUCUUUGUAAGCGGUGUUAAAUUAUCAAAUUUAUUGUACUCUGUAGUCUAAUGCCUGAUUUGAGAGAAAUGAUUAGAUCUGAGUACAUGAUCUGUAAUUAAAAAUUUUUCACAUCUUGACUGUCCUUGAGAUUAUCACAAUGCAAUACAUAAAGUCUCAACUGCCAUGUAGAUCUAGCUAUUUUCCACACCAUCGUAUCGAAGUCAGUUGUUAGUAGUGUUAGAUUUUUUUCUAAUCACUUGUACUAGGAUGCUCUUUCAGUUAUUUUGAGUAAAUUAUAAAGUUUAAGGUUUAUUUUUUUGGUUUAAAUUAUACUUUUAAAAAAAAAAUAACACAAAUGAAAGCUAAAGGGUGCUGUUCUGUGUAUUAGAUUUGUGUUCUUUGGUUCAUACCUUGAUUUUUUUCCCCUCCCCUGACCUAAGACAUUCAUAGGUCUGUUAAUUUUCGGAUUAAUGAUUAGAGCAGUGAAAGGGAAGUCCCCUAGUUUGCUUUUUAUUUCUUAUCAUUGUAAACCCAUCUGAGGUGUCGUUAUCUGUGAAAUGUGAGAUUUUUUUCCUUUUAAUUUAUUACACAUUAUUAGAUAUACCCUUGGUGCUUUCACUGUCUGAUGAAUCAUAUGUGUAAUCAAUUAAUGACAGUGAAGAGUUAAGUGAAUCGUUGAUCUGCUUCUAGGUUAUCAAAAAGAUGUGAUAAUAAUUUUGAGACAAGUCUAUUGUCCCCUACCCGUUUCCCCUCUCAUUGGUUUUUUGAAGCUGCAUUGUUAAAUGUGCAGAAUAAAAAGAUCUGUUUGUAGAUGCACGUUCUUAACUCUUCACUGUUACGAUUUGGGUCAAUUUUGCACCUGCGGACCAAUGAUUUUAUUUUUCAUGGAUGACGAUUAUUAUGAUAAUGAUGAUGAUUUUUAUUCCAGGUCAUAUACUUCAUAGUAUUAUCACAAUGCGACGGGAAUGGUAGCUCUAGCCAACGCUAUGGCUUCAUGUGUCUAGUGGUGUAGAGAGAUUUAUCCCGAUGGUGCCUUUCCGAAAGAUGCCUUACAGGUGUUCCUUUCAUGUGAAAUCAUUUGCGGGUCUCUAUUCUUUGUCUUUAUGUUAAUUUUGAAAGUAUGACGUAUGUGUUCAUGCUAUGCACUAGAUGUCGCAGGAUUGAUCUUAAAUAUCAGGAAUAAUAACAUUUAUUGUACCAGUUUUCUCUCUUCUGUUGUAUAGCUUUUGUAAAUUCAGCUAUAGCCUUUUAAUUUAUUGUAUACUAUUUAUGAUUUUAAAACUUUUGUUGUUUUAACUGAGAGCAAAUUGGGAGAUCUUUGAAUUUUGAUUCUUUCAAGUGAAAGAAAAUGUCUUAAGUUAUUUGAGUUUGCAAGCUAGCUGUAGACUUUUUUCAAUUUUGUUCUACGUGCUGUUCAAGCUACUUUGACCUUUAUUUCUGUUCUUAACAUUUGCUCUUUUACACUAUUCUUCACUUAACUCUAUCUCACCCGUACUUUCUGCUGUACUCUGGUGUGUUUCGGUUGACGUUUGUGACACAGGGUUUCACUUUCUUUUAGGUGAAUUUAAAGUUGUUGAUAAUCUGUAGCACUAGCAGGGGCUAACUGAUACUGCGACACCUGUACCUACUCGUCAUCUCAGUGGCAUCAUCUCCCAGUCUUGACAGUUGCUUCAUUGGUCAAAAGGGGAAAAGGUGCUUACAUGUUCAUGCACAUUUGUCCAAUCAAUGUUAUACGAGUGCGAGAAGAAUGAAUAGUUUUCAACAUGUUUAUACUGUUAUCCCCCCCCCCCCCCUUUUUUUUUUCUUUUGCCUAUAAUAGUGUGAGAACCACAUGCUUACAUUUCUGAAAGUGUGUAAUGAUUUAGUUGCUUUCUAUCUUAAGUUUCUCUUUCACUAUUCAGAUGUGUUCAUUCGCUGUUUUGAUUUGAGGUGAAGAAGUCAUGUACAGUCGGUUUCAUUGCAUAAAGAGCUACACAGGCAGCAGAUCCCUUGCUCCUUCAAGAGUUCAAGCUUCUUGAUACCUUUACAGAAUAGUAGAACACUGAUAUUCUUCUUCUCCUUUUCGACUGCCUUACUGUUUCGUACCAUGUGAAAAUUUUGGCACUUUGCUUCUUUAUACAAGUCAAACGUGUCGUUAAAAUUUACGAUCAACCUUUGGUUGCUUAGAACAGCAUAUUCUUGUCUCAGGGGCUUCUUCGAUUGAUUUGUUAAAAAUGAACAAGGAUUAAUAGUACAUUGCCUCUUCUGGAAAGUUGCAGUACCACUAUUAACUUAAGAGCACUUUUUGAGAAGGGUGUUCCUACUGACGGUAUAUACAAAUAUAAUAAAUUGUUAAAGAAGUCUUUAGGGAUGUUUCCUCAUGUGCCCUUCCGUAUGUGUUUGAGAACAGCGGUCGAGGCCUCUGUUAAAGGGGUUGGUGGCAUUUUGGCACAAGUUCAGCCAGAUUUUGGCUUACCUCUCGUUGUAAUUUAAUCUAUUCCGACUAAAAAAAAUACUAUGUUCUACUACAGAAGUCUUUUUUUCUUUUUAUGUACCUUAACCAUGUGGCAGCUGUGGAAAAUGAUCAACAAUUUGAAGAGAUUGAUCCUAUGAGCGAGAUAUUUUUUGUCUAUGUGAUGUAAAAUCUGUGCGCUUUCUCUUUUUUUUUCCAUCCCCUCUUUGAAAGUUUUCAUAUCUGACAAAUGUGUGCGAUUGCCCCUUUGUGUUUAAGAAAAGUGAUUCUAAAGAAAUUCUUGCACGCUUUGACCAGCAGUUCAACGUGCAUACUUUAUUUUUUUUUCACAUCACAUGUAUAAUAAUCAUUACUAUAUUUAAGAGUUAUGGUCAUUUUUAGUCCAUCAAAAAUAGUGAAGUGUAUUUUUGUCAUUGUCAUUUGGUCAACUCAUUUGACAAAAAUCCUUUUUGUCUUGGCAAGGAACGGAAGGUCCCAUUUUGGCAAUAAUUACAACAGCAGAGACAUGUUUAAAAUAAUUUAUUUUAUUGGUUCAGUGCUUUAACUUACUUUAAAUUUGUCAGUUCUGUUUUGUUGUUUUGUUUUUACCCUCUGCGAAUCUUGCUCGUGCAUGUGUACAAUGAACAUUGUUUGCAGAUGAUGAAUACAAAUCUCACCUUUAUUGAGUCAGGACUUCAAAUUGCCAACCUUUCUUUGCCCUUGAUCUAAAUGUGAUGCAAGUCGGCACACUAAGAGGACAGUCAUCCCCCUUUUCUGGAGCCCGAAUAUAUUUCUAGUAACUGUGUUUAAUUUAUUUCUGAUUCUUACUUUUAUUGUGCUAAUUGAUGGCGAUGUACGAGGGCUCCAUGAAUUGUCUUUCUUACUGUGCAGCCUUGCCUUUUGAUGUGUGCUGUACGUUUUGUACACUUCAAUACACACUUCAUUAGAAGUUUUUAACAAAAUA